UUUAAUUAAUAAACAGGAACCGCGCUCCACGCUCCCAUCACUCCGCAGCCAGACCCAGUCGACCGGUGCUGUGCGACACCACUUCCGGUCCGGCUGCCUCCGCGGUAACCCGAGCUCCUCUUCCAGAAGGCGGAGGCUCGGCAGAGUCUCGCGGCACGUCAUUGGCGGAGACGCGUCGGCCGUCGGCGCGUGAGUGGCGGCGGAAGCUGUCAGUCAGUGCCAGGCUGCAGACGGGGCUCCGGAGAGAGGGAGAUGUCAGAGGCUGAACCGCUGCCUCCAUUCAGUAGCAUUAGUGGGGUUCAGCAGCCAGCAUGGCCACAGCUGCCUCCAGCCCCUACACCCUGCUCAGCCCCAGCUCCAUGAUCCACGCGGACAGCCAGGCCAUGCAGCCCGCGAGCCCCUACAGAGGCCACCAGAAGCUGAUCCAGAGCGACUACCUGCAGAGCGUCCAGAGCAACGGGCACCCCCUCGGGCACCAAUGGGCGAGCAGCCUGUCGGAGGGCAGCCCCUGGUCCUCCAUGGAGCAGCAGGACGUGAAGCCCGGCAGAGAGGACCUGCAGCUCGGCAUCAUCCAUCACCGCUCCCCGCACGUCGCGCAUCACUCCCCGCACCACAACAACCACGGGAGCCACCCGGGAGUCUGGGGCACCCCGGUGUCCCACAACUCCUCCAUCACCAGCGGGCAGCAGAUCAACAUCUACUCCCAGACGGGCUUCACCGUCAACGGCAUGCUGGACCACGGCGGCCUCACGCCGCCGGCCAACACGCAGGGCCAAGGCAUACACCCGGGCCUCAGGGACACGCUCAGCCCCGAGCACAGCGACCUCGGCGGGCACCACUGCCACGACCACUCGGACGAGGAGACGCCGACCUCGGACGAGCUGGAGCUCUUUGCCAAGCAGUUCAAGCAGAGGAGAAUCAAGCUGGGCUUCACGCAGGCGGACGUGGGUCUGGCCCUGGGCACGCUCUACGGCAACGUGUUUUCCCAGACCACCAUCUGCAGGUUCGAGGCCCUGCAGCUGAGCUUUAAGAACAUGUGCAAACUAAAGCCACUGCUGAAUAAGUGGCUGGAGGAGGCGGACUCGUCCACGGGCAGUUCCAGCAGCAUAGACAAGAUCGCAGCUCAGGGGAGGAAGCGGAAGAAGAGGACGUCCAUCGAGGUGAGCGUGAAGGGGGUCCUGGAGACGCACUUCCUCAAGUGUCCCAAGCCGGCCGCGCAGGAGAUCACGUCGCUCGCGGACUCGCUGCAGCUGGAGAAGGAGGUGGUGCGCGUGUGGUUCUGCAACCGGAGGCAAAAGGAGAAGCGGAUGACGCCGCCCGGGGAGCCGCCGCCGCCGCCGCCGCACGAGGGACCCUAUUCGCACAGCGGGAGCGCGGGGGACACGUCCUCGUGCCACGAUCUCUGACCGCGCGAGGAGGAGGAGGACCCGCCCGGUUACGGACUCUGGAGCGAAGGGACGCGAGCGCGCUACAGGAUGGUGGACCGGCUUCCGGCUGCCAGCCUCCGCCGCCUGUCCCGGUACAGACUCCCGCCGCUGCCGCCAGCACUGAAUCCCAAUCGGAAGAACAGAGAAACCCGCUCGGCCUUCGUCCUUUUUUCUAACUGUCACGAGGGCAUUAUUACAUCACAUUUCAGAUCCUUUUUGGAGCUUCGCUUUGUUUCUUUUUUUCUUCUCCAUCACGGAUAUAAAUACAAAAUGUGCCUAAUUAUAUACCUGCCAGCGCCUUUGGUUUGUGUCACCAUUUCCCAUCAGCUCUAUAAUAAUUGCUAACAUGGGAACUGAUGUCUUAUUUUUGACUUGUCCCCCCCACCCCCCUCCUCCUCCACACACACACACACACACACACACACACACGCGCACACACGCGCACACACAUGCUGUUUCAUUUGGAUGAUCAGUGGCGUCAAACUAAAAAACAAAAAAAUAUAUAUAAUUUUUCAGUUAACGGAUUUUUUUGCUCUUUUUUCUGUUUUACAGCAAACCUGUAAUUAUGUUUUUUUUUUUUCCAUAUGCAAACAUUACAUCAGAUGUAAUGAUUCUGCAACACAAAAGCACUUGGAGGGUCAUUCUUUUCUUAAUUUUCGCCUCUCCCUCACAUUCUCAACUAUUUUUGAAUUCGUUGUUUUGUCUUGUUUUGUUUUAUUCUUUAUUCUGACCAUAGAAACUGUGUGUGGACUCUGAAGACAAACAGAGCCGGGGGAUAAUUCAGAAACAUGGGUGUGGGGUUUGUUUGGGGAGGGGGCUUAACGACGCUGUACACCUGCCUAUCAUUUUACUGUACGACCAGAAACCCCCCCCCCCCCAAAUUUUUUAUAAUCUCCAAUACUCCUGUUAUACUCGGUUCAGUAUUUUUCUCCGACAUUGUACAGUUUUAUAUAUAUAUAAAUAUAUAUAUAUAUCUACACUUUUUGAGUCAUUAAUUUAAGCAAAUUAUUGUUAGUUUAUUCAUGCACUUAAUUAGCAAUGUUUUUUGAAAGAAAUAAUUUAAAAAAAAAAAAAAGCAAAGAAAGAAGAAGAGGAAGAAGAAGAAAAACAAACAGAAAAUCACCCAGCCUAUUUUCAGUAAGAGGAAACAGUUUGGGCGCUUUUAUUCCAAAAUUUCGAUGACAUCUCGAGUAAUUAUUUAUUUUCAGUAUAAAGCUUGUAUUAUGUUUUGAAAUAAACAAUGUAUGUUGUAAUAAACAAUUUCCUGGUACAAUUGUU